UGUUCUAAUACUUAUUUAAAACCUAUAAGUAACAUUCAUCAACACGAAUUAUUUGCUCUCAAAGAUAUUCCGUUUUUAAAAUUCAAACUUAACGAAAACGCAGUGAUGGAUAAUCAAAGAUACCUUUUUGUCUUAAUGUCGCUUCUCUACAUUGUGUGCUUUGUUAGUGCACAAAUGCCAAGUAUUGGAUCUUUUCCUCACUCGUUUCCCAGCAAUAAACUCAGCGGAGCAUCAAAAAAUGCACCCCAACUUUCUAUGCCUG